AUGGACAUCAACGAAGACACCAUCCCGGAGCUGCAGCCCAUCUUCACUUUCCUGAACAGCCACGCGAACAAGCUGUAUCAGGAGGGCUACUUUCUGAAGUUGGACGAUCAAAACACUCAGGGCAAGCCCAAUGCGGACCGCACCUGGACGGAGUGCUUCGCGCAGCUCGUCGGCACCGUCCUGUCGCUAUGGGACGCUGCAGAGCUGGACGCCGCCGGAGAGGAUGGUGAGAUCCUGCCAAAAUUCAUCAACCUGACGGAUGCGUCAAUCAAGAUGAUCGAAUCCCUACCAACACGAUCGAAUGACGAACAGCCGCUGCAGAACAUUCUCAGCAUCUCAACUGCCGGCAGAAACCGCUAUUUGCUGCACUUCAACUCCCACCACUCACUAAUUCAAUGGACCGCCGGAAUCAGACUCGCCAUUUUCGAGCACUCCACCUUGCAGGAGGCUUACACCGGCGCCCUUAUUGCCGGCAAGGGCAAGUCGCUCAACAACAUCAAUCUCAUUAUGGACAGAUCCAGGUUCAAGACUGAAGAGUGGGUUCGCGUGCGAUUCGGUGCAGGAGUCCCCUGGAGACGCUGCUGGUGUGUCAUUUCUCCACCCGACGAGAAGGAGUACCAGAAGGCACAGAAGGAGAUGCGCAAGAAGUCGCCUUACGACCGUUCUACUCCGGUUCUCAAGGGAAAUAUCAAGUUCUACGACACCAAGAAGGAUGGUAAGAAGCAGAAGAAGGCUCGACCGAUAGCGACGAUUACCGAUGCCUAUUCAUCAUACGCCAUCUACCCGCAGGCCAAGUCGCUGAUUGACGCAUCCACCCUGCUCAAGAUCGAGGGCAACAUCACCAUCCACUCCGAGCCGCCUUCCUCGACCGAGGGCUUCGUGUUUAUCAUGCCCGAAACCCAUCCUGCAGUCAGCGGCUUCGAGAUGCUGCUGCGUUUCCUCUUCCCGACCUGGGACACCUUCGCCCUCUACGGCCGCCCCGGGAGACUGGUUGCCAGUGUUUUGGACCCCAGAUCACUCAUGUUCGCCAUGCCCAAGCACCGAAGAUAUGGCUACCUCGAAAUUCUGGAUGUUUCUGGACUGAUUCUGACGGAGGGAAGCUCGUCUUGGUCUGAGCGUGAAUGGAGAAAGCAACUCAAGGAGCUGACUGGUAAGCGAAUGAAUGCUGUGGAUGAGGCUGGAGGCAUCAGACAAAGGAGCGGCAGCAAGAGAAGCAACCGCCUCAGCUUUGGCAAUGGAACGUCAAGCCCUGUUCCAGCCAAGCCCAGAGUUGGCUUUGCUGAUGACGCCAUCUCAAACCGUUCAUCCCGAUCCAUGUCUUUGGGUGCUCCCAACCGUUCAGAGACUGCACCUGUCACCACUUCCCGCCCACCUCCUGCAUUGGCUGGUCUGGGCUUGAACAAGGCGAACCACGCACGCAACUCCUCAGACCCCCAUCUGCUGGGUCAUGCACCCCCUCGCAAUGAGGAUAGAGGCUACGACAGCUCCUACAGCAAUUCCUACAACAACUCGCCCGCCCGUGGCCCGACCCCAGUUAAGGGUAUCCUCCGCUCAGGCACCCAGAGUUCCGAUGAUGACACAGCUCGCAGCACCCCUGUGAGGGACUUGGAGAACAAUGUCCGCUCCAUGGAGUCUCCUGAGCCUGUUGCAGCUCCUCCUGCUUUCAACUACGGACCUCAGUCCAAGCCUGCAGGCAAGCCGUACCACUCACCUGAUCUUCGCAGAGCUACUAGUCGCUUGUCCAACACGACCUUGUCCCAGCUGGCCAAGGCUGGAGGAUUCGCUAUCCCCCCUGAUGAUCGUUCGGAGAGUUCUUCUGAGCGCAGAAGCGGAGAGGACGCUGCAGGACCCAACCCAUUGGUACAAACUCACGCCGCCAAUAAUGUGGGAGGAUCUGCUGACAACAUCUUCACUGGUGAAGCUCUAACCCACAACACUCCCCCUCCUGCGGACUCGCUGCCGCCCCCUAUCCCACCCAUGAACCAGAAGCGUUCACGAUCUCCCCUUGCUCAGCACUCGUUCGGCCCCCCUAGCCCUCACCCUCGCGGCCCUCUGCCCCCCAACCCUCAAUCCCGUGGCGCCCCUGAUGCGAGACCCCCUCCCGACAUGCGUCCUCCUCAAGACAUGAGAGGCCCCCAGCAAAUGAGAAGUACGGAGCAGCUUCGAAGCCCCGUCGAGGGUCAGCAGUCCCCAUUCCCCCCUUACGAUGCGAGGCCUCCCCCUGGCCCCGGUAUGAGAGGCCCUCAACAGAUGAGAAGCAUCGAGCAGAUGAGGAGCCCAGUUGAAGGUCGACCUCAGCCAAACUUCUCUCGCCCCGAGGGAACGAGAACCCCUCCGAUCGGUGGUGACGGUAGGGUUCCGACGCCUGAGAUGAGAAACCGGGGCAUGAUGGGACCUCCCCCGCCCCAGCAUCGCACCCUGCCCCCGCUCAACACGGCAAAUGCAUUCCAGCGAAAGCCACUUCCAGCUCGCUCAGACAGCCUGAGAAGCCCACAAGAGACCCCGAUCUCGGCGUCCAGCGGUGGCAGCUGGGGAAAUAACAUCAUCGAUCAAGCUGCCUUCUCCCAAAUCCGAUACAACGACAGCCCUCGCCACACCCCCGUGCCCGAGCAGCAGAUUCGCAGAAAGCCGACGAUGCAAAGUGACAGCAGCUACUACGACGACAACGCAUCCAAUGUCAGCCCGGACUACGCCAGCCGCAAGUCGAGUGAAACCCAGCAUUCCCAAAAGUCUUUCGAGAGACCCCGUGUUGGUGUUUUGAAGACAGUGGGCGGUGCCGAUUCUGACUCUGGAAGCGAAAGGUUCAACAUCCCCGAGGUCAACUUUGGCCCUACUCUCAACUACGGCGCCAACCAGCCAGCCAGAAACAAGACUCCUACCCCGAUGAACCCGCAAGGAAUUCCUGGACCUCAGAGACCCUUCUCACCCGCUCUGAAGUCACCUCCGCCUGAGGGCGGACACAGCCGCCAGGAGUCCGAGGACACCAUGAGAAAGGUCGCUUGGCAACCUGGUGCUGCUACCGUCGGAACUGGCCAGGCUGGUCAGGGCAUCAGUGCCGAGCAGUUUGUCCAGCAGCGCGCUGCUCAGGCGACUACUCCCAUGUACGGCCACGGCCGCACCCCGUCUGGCAAUAUUCUUACUAUGCGAUCGAUGACGCCGACGCCCUCAAUGACCCAGAACACUUCUGCCGAGAGACUGGCUCGCCACUCGCGCAGCAGUUCCGCGGAUCUUCUGCAGCGACCCGGCUCCCGUGGUGCCAAUGCUGUGCUCGACAUGACGAACUCUGCUGAGGGUCCCUCUCACCUCUCUGCGCGCGAGCAAGAGCACGUGGCCCGCAUGACUGGAUCGCCCCUUAUCAGCAUGGCCGGAAACAGAAACGCCAACCAGGGACAAGGAGCCGGACUGGUAGGAGCAAUCCAGGCUCGUGAGCGCGAGAGAAUGCAGGCGAAGCAAGGCAUGAACACGCAGGCGGUGCAGCAGGCUAUCAACCAGCGGCAGCAGCAGCAGGCAAUGGCCUACCAGCAUCAGCUCCAGAGACAGCAGCAGCAACAGGUGCAACAGCAGCAGCAGCAACAGCAGGCUUAUCAACAGCAGAUGUACGCCCAGCAACAGCAAAUCAUGUCUCCCAUGUCUCCUAUGUCUCCCAUGUCACCGCAGCAGGGCAUGUACGCUCAAAGCAACAUGUCUCGCGGACAGAUGGGACCCCCUCGUGGACAGCCGAACGUCUACGGUGCUCCUGCUCAAAAUUUUGGCUAUGGACAGCAGGGUGGCUACGCGCAAAGCAAUGGCUUUAGUCAAGGGGCCAGCUAUCCCCAGGGUGCCACCUACGCCAACCCAAUGGCUAUGCGCCAGGGACGCCAAUCGCCUGGACCCCAGAUGAUGGACCCAAGAUUCAUGCCUCAGGGAGCCUACUCUCCCGGACCUCAGCAGGGCGGCAGGCAACCCUACCAGGCGCAGUACCAGGGCCAGGCUUUUUAA